GGAGCAUUUCCAAUUCUCUUCUUUAAUUUUACCUUAUUUUUUAAUACACGACCGUGCAAAUAAACGUUUGAAGAAAAAAGAAAUGUUACAACGCCGCAUCGGAGCCGCCGCCAUUUCCGCCGGUCGCCAUUUCUCUGCGGCGGUUGAAACUGUAACACCUAAAACCUCCGCCAUUUCAAUUACCGCAAAGCCUUCUUCUUCUCCUUCAAAAUCACCAUCACCAAAUAAAGGGAAAGGUACAUUAGCAAGAAGACUUCUGGCCUUAGUACUCCCAAAACGCAGCGCGGUGAUCACAAUUCGUCAAUGGAUAGAAGAAGGAAAUGCCGUUCGCAAGUAUGAACUCAAUCGCAUUGUUCGUGAACUUCGUAGACUCAAACGUUUUAAGCAUGCCCUUGAGAUUUGCGAAUGGAUGAGAACCCAAGAGGACAUCAAGUUGUUGCCCGGAGAUUUUGCAGUUCAUUUGGACUUGAUUGCUAAACUCCGUGGCUUGAAUAGUGCUGAGAAGUUUUUCGAAGAUCUACCCGAAAAUAUGAGGAUAGAAUCAACACUUUCUGCGCUGUUACACACGUAUGUACAAUACCGUGUCUAUGAUAAAGCUGAGGCUUUGAUGACCAAGAUGUCAGAAUGCGGUUAUGUGAAGUGCCCCCUUCCUUAUAAUCACUUGAUGACCAUGUACAUUGAUGUUGGAAACUUCGAGAAGAUUCCUGAGAUCAUUGAAGAGUUGAAAAAGAAUACAAAACCUGAUACUGUAACUUAUAAUCUGUGGUUAACCAUGUGCCAGUCUCUGAAUGAUGUUGAAACUGCAGAGAAUGUUUUCCUUGAAAUGAAGAACGCGAAAUUGGAGCCUGAUUGGAUGACAUACAGCAUAUUAGCCAGCCUAUAUACGAAGAGGGAAUUGUAUGAUAAAGCCGAGUUCUCUUUGAAGGAAAUGGAGAAGAGGAUGUCUCGUAAAAGUCGAUCUGCGUAUGCUUCUCUUAUCAGUUUGUAUACAAAUCUUGGAAGGAAAAAUGAAGUUCAUAGAAUAUGGAAGAUCACAAAGUCGUUAUAUCGAAAACUGAAUGACGCCGAGUACCUCUGCAUGAUAGCUUCCCUCAUUAAACUCGGAGAACUUAGAAAGGCGGAGAAAUUUUAUGAUGAGUGGGAGUCUUUAUCUAAUACUGGCGACUCACGUAUCCCUAAUUUGCUUGUCGGAGCUUACAUCAACAUGAACCAGAUGGAAAAAGCUACCGCCUUUUUUGAUCAAUUCACGCAGAAAGGCAUUAAACCUAGCUACACCACUUGGGAGCUUCUCACUUUUGGUUAUCUUAAAUUGAAGCAGAUUGACCGAGUUCUGGACUGUGUCGAAAAAGCCAUCACCAGUGUUAAGAAAUGGGAACCGAACUUAACAAUCAUCCGUGAGGUUUAUGUGCUUUUAGAGGAGCAAAGGAACAUCGAGGGUGCUGAAAAGAUGCUUUCGGUCCUUCGUAAUGCUGGGUAUGUGACCAUAGAGAUAUACAAUAUGUUGCUUCGAACUUACGCAAAAGCUGGGAAGAUGCCUCUUAUAAUUGAAGAAAGGAUGACAGCAGAUGAAGUUUUGCCCAAUGAAGAAACCCGGGAACUUAUCAAACUAACAAGCACAAUGUGUGUUGCUGAUGUUUCGAGCUCUCUAGCUUGAGCUAAAACUAGCUUUUGUGAUCCUGGAGAAACCGUGAAUGCCAUUGGAGAACAUAGAGUUGAUUAAUGAGCAUUUGAGGGCCGGUAAGGGAGUACACGACGUUUCCAAACUUGCCCCUCCAAAUUUCGUAUGAGUAUAGCCUCGGGUUUUAGUACUAGUACUUCCAAAACCAUGCCUUUGUACAUCUAUUUUCACUAGGAUGUGCUGUGUGAAAUACUUCAUAUGGAUAAUACUGUCAAAAUACGGAUUUUCAUAUAUCUUAAUUUGAGAAACACACCCAAAUUGUCGUUGAAAAUCGUGAUAUGGUCAUGGGUCGGGCCUAUGUCACCCAUUUAUUUUGUACGAGAACCUGUGAUAAAUUAUUUGUUUUAUCAUUGUAAUAGGGAAUAACUACCAUCAUUCACCUUCUUUGU